AUGUUAACGGACCCAGCGCGGAUUGGUGGGUAAUAACGGACCCAGUGCUGAUUAGUGGGUGACUUGGGAAAAGUCGCAGAAUAGUCUUGGGUCUUUCUGCGAUUUAUCUAAAGCCUUUGAUUGCGUUAAUCAUCAAACUUUGUUACGGAAAUUAACUCAUUAUGGCAUAAAAGAUUCCGCACAAAAAUGUGUGGAAUCAUCUUUAACAGAAAGGACACAAACAGUUGAUAUUAACGGUACAAACUCAGCCGGAUCUCAUGUGAAAAAAGGCGUUCCUCAGGGUUAAAUUUUAGGUCCAUUUUUUUUAAUUUACAUUUCUUUGUACAAAAAUUUUGGGACGUUCUUUUGUUUGCAGAUGACACCUUACUGAUCAACAUUGACAGAUGUAAAACUAAUUAUGACGAUGUAAACAAUGCACUUUCUAAUGUACUCCACUGGUUCUCUACUAAUAAUCUUAAACUUAAUGCGAACAAAACUAAAUGUGUGAAAUUUACUUUGCCGAAUGUAAAGCAUGCUGAAAUGGGGGAUAUAAUUCUAAAUGGUGAAAAACUAAUUUUAGAGGAUACAACCGUUUUCUUAGGCGUAACACUGGAGCACAAACUUCAAUGGAAUCCUUACAUUACAACACUAGCCGGUAAACUUAGUUCUGCUGCUUAUGCAAUUCAUAAAAUAAGACGGUAUGCAGAUGUCGACACUGCUAGGACUACGUACUUUAGCUACUUCCACAGCAUUAUGUCGUAUGGCAUGCCAUUGUGGGGCAUGGCCGCUGACAUUGAAACAGUUUUUAUUCUUCAAAAACGAGAUAUAAGAGCUAUUUAUCGCUUAGGAUCUCGAACUUCUUUUAAGGAUACAUUUAAAGAAAUAGGUAUAAUGACUGUUACCUCUCAUUACAUUUACAAUUGUAUAUUGUUUGUACGUCAGAACAUAAAUUUAUAUAAGAGGCGCGAUGAUGUACAUAAUUUCAAUCCCAGAAAUAAAGAUAAACUCAAAUUGCCACCGUUGAGACUCCAAAAGGUUUUUGGUUCAUUUGUGGGUCAAGGUAUAUGUUACUAUAAUAAAAUGUCAAAAGUAAUAACUAAUUUACCUUUUUGCUAAUUUGGUUAAAAAAUUGUUUAAACGCCAUUUCUAAAUUUAAAAAUAGUACCUAGCUAUAAUUAACUUUUUGUUAAUUAAUAAUAUUAAUGUGAUGAAAGUUGACAUCAAAAUAUGUUUUCAAUUUUUGAUGUCAUCUUUCAAUUGACGACACUGUAUGAAAUAAAACAGGGAGAACAAGAAUAGCCCUUGCUGAGUUUCUUGCCGGUUCUUCUCAGUACAAGGUCUCCCGCCGUAGAUUUAUGGGUCAGCCAGCGCGGAUUAGUGGGUGAUAACGGAUCCAGCGCAGAUUGGUGGGUGAUAACGGAGCCAGUGCGGAUUGGAGGGUGAUAACGAACCCAGCGCGGAUGGGUGGUUUUUCUUCUAUCAAAAAAUCUUCAGGUUAAGUUUAUGAUUUUCAGAUCAUUAGAGCUAAAGAAGUUUCACUUCAGUCGUGUGGUGAUCAUAAGCACCUUCGUUUUUUUUUGGUCCAUGAUCACGUGAUUGAAAAUUACCUGGGAUUGGCCAAGACUAAUAUGACGUCGCACGCUAUUUUUACCCGGCUGCGCAAUGCAAGAGCGCGAAGCGCGACGCGCAGACAGGGUUAUGUGUUUAACAGUCUAUAUAUGUAUGUUUGUUCCUUUGUGGCACACAAGAGACCAAACGCCUGGACCGAUUUUGAUGAUUCAUACAUCAAUUCGUCUCAAUCAUGGGAGUGCUACUAAAGAUAUGAUAGUAAUCAAAAUUCAAUAUGGGCAAAAUUAAGCGCCAUAUUGUGACGAAGUAAAAAAAAAAAGUUGACAAAAUAUGUCGAGUGGGGUAUCACCGUCUAGAUAAUCAAAAAUCAUAUUUAGGUUCCUAACACCAUUUUUCAUUUUAUAUGAUUGUUUAGGAUCUACAACGCUUUAAAGUUGUAUAUUAACCACUUACGCUUUUAAUUUCAAUCUUACGUUUGUAUGGAUCUUUGUUAUUCUUUCACCUAAAAAAUACUGAAUGGAUUUUAAUAAAACUUAACAGUAAUAUAGUUCAUAUAUGAUAAUUACAUAUAUAUAAUAAUUUAUGUAGUUAUUGAGUGAAUUGGCAAAUAUAUAGCAAUAAGUGUCAUAUAAGACGGAAAAAAAUGUCCAGUCUGCGAGCCAUUUUGGCCUGCACUGCAAAAACAAUAAAAGUUACAUGAAUCUAAUGUAGAGUGAAAAUGUAUCUCUCAAAUAGUUCUAAAAAAAAGUCCGUGACACCAUAUAUCUAUUUUUAAUAUGUAAGUCAUUACCGCUAAAAUAGUGAAUCAAAACUAAAAUAUUAUUUGAUAUCUAUUUCCAAAAUGCACAUUUAUACAGUAUUAACAAAUCAUUUUUUAUCAAAACAAAUACUUUAAUCGCUUUUGAUAUUUAAAGACGAUAAACUUUGCUUUUUACACUAUGUCAUUUCGACUAAUAUUUAAAAAGUUACAACGAUGACAAAGUGAUAGCGCGGUGUACUAUGUAAAAGAAAAAAAAAGGGGUAUUCGCAGUAUCUGAUCCUAUACGAAGUACUAACAUUAAAACUGUGAUUUCUUAUUAAAUGAUGAAAAAUAUAUUAUCAUAAUAGGUAUUUAUGAUUAUUGAAUUUUAAUGAAAAAUUCAGAAUUUUACUGUUUUCAUUUUUUUAACGAUAUUACUUAAGGUUACAAAAAAGGUUUACUUAAUAUAAUGACAAAUAACCCAUUUUUCGCUAGUAAGUACAUACUUAUUGGAAUCCCUGUAUUUAUUAAUCAGCUCGCGAUAAUAUUGGUUUUGUAAUAAUUCUGCAAAAUUCAAAGUAAAUAAUGUAGAUUUUUAUAGGUAAAUCACCCCUUUCAUACCCCUAUAUAAGUAUUGCGAUGUUGUAGCUAAGAACCAAGUUCCCAUCUACUUCUAUAUGGGAAUUCAUUAUAUUCGAUUUAGCUAUUAGGGCACGGAAGCGCAACAAACAAACUCACUUUCGCAUCUAUAAUAUUAUAUUAUACUUACUAGUGAUCCACCCGGGCAUUGUACGGGCGAAAUUUAUUUAUCGGGAUAAAAUAUAGCCUAUGUCACUCAGACAAAAUGUAUUUAAAUAAAGAAAAAUGUUAUAAUAAAUAAUGUAGCUACCUUAUGAUGAAUUGAUAUUUGAAACCGGUUCAGUAGUUUGACAGAUUAUUUGUUACAAACAUACAAAUCUUGCCUCUUUAUAAUAUUAGUAUAGAUAGUUAGGAUAAGAUAAGUAUUUAAUUGAUGAAAAAGAUUUAAAAAUAAAGUAAGUAAUAGGUUUAUUUGAUUAUAUUUGUAAAAGUUACUUAGCAUUUGUGCUUAACAGUGAUACGUUAUUCGGUAUUUUUAUAACAAAAAAAAAUUGGAAAAUAAUUGCCAUGAUUGCACUACUGGGAUUACUCUUCAUUCGAGCUUUACACUACCAAUAAAAAAGGGUCGAACACAAAGUCUUUGACCUGUUAAAUGUGAACGCUUUAAAAGAAAACUACAAAGAGAACUAUAAAUUGAUAAUAAAUGAGAUUGCUAUGGUGCUCUACCUAACGUUAUGAAAAUUUUAUUAUGCGCCUUUAGUUUAAUCAAAUAUUAUAAACUUUGCUUUGGUGAUUGCAUAAUUAUUUAAUUUAGUGAUCUAAGACAGUUGCCACCAUUGUCCAAAACAACAAAUGGGAAUUACUGCUUUCUUCAACCUGCAACAUAAACGUCAUUGAUUGGUAUUGUAUAUAGGGUGAUUAAAAACAUUUGAAGUUAACUUCUGGCAUCUACAUAUUGGGUUUCUGUGAAUUAUGUAGGUAUAUCAAAUUAUGAGACUAGGGACUGACACUGAAUUUGUGUAUAUCACAAUCUUAGACGUCCGGCAUUGACAUGACAAUGCAGCCACUGCCAAUUUUAAAUAGUCGACGAAUAAAAGUAAAUGAAUUUUAUAUUUACAGCUAAACUAUUAAAAAAAACAUAAACAAAAGAUGACUUUUUGAGUAAGUGCUAGUUUACUAUAAAAUUUACAUACAUUAGAGAUAUUUAUGUAACGACUUGAUUUAACUUCACACAUUUUUGCGAAAAUUGAAGCCCAUCUGUAGCCUUGACCUCGCCGGUAAAAUCUUUAUAUGUCUUAAUAAAUCAAUCUUUUAGAGACCGACGCAAGGUACGUAAUAAUUCCCGCGAUAUUAAUUCCCUUACUGAAGUAACAAGACACACUGUUGAAAAAUAUUAUGUAUUCUUGAAUAUCUAAUGGGUCCCGACUGUUAAAGUAGCUUUGUUCCUUAUUAACAGAAUUAUAGACUACUGGACUUGUUUUUUCUUUUCAGUUUUUAUUUGAAGAAUAACGAAGCAGUCGGGUUUUUUGAUUUUUUAAAUUUUCCUUUUUUUAUGGAUUCCAUAAACAUUAGUAAAUAACGUAAGAUAGUUUUCUAAAACUUUUCAAAUACCUUAUUGCAACAUUACUAGUCAACGGUGUGAGGAAGCGUGAUUCUUGAGGUAGACGAAGCCUUAAGGAAUCACUUUGGAGUGAAUAUGUUGGCUUUAAAUCGCAGGUGCUGAGAUGGUCCUACAGAUUGAUGACGAAAACCAGUUGACCUUCGCAUCAAAAUAUGGCAGAUCCAUGUAUGCUCAAACACCUACAAAGCUACUUUAUACAUACAGAACCGCAAAAUUGUGACCCGUAAAAUGUAGCGUAUGUCAUCAAACUCAUGCGUUUCCUGGAGAUGAGGUGCUACGCCAUAGACUAAUAUAAUAAAUGGGGUACGACAAAGUAGAGAUUCCGAAUUAAGAAGCACUACCUUUGUGUACUAGACUGACAGUGUAGAAAACGACGCUAUAGCGCGUUUCAUUAUUAAUGUCGGAAGAGCCACAAUAAUUUUUGUUCUCAAAAGAACUGGAUUAUAUGGAACUACCCAGCAGUUGUCAAUCUCUACUCCAUUAAUGUCAAAUGUAAAGCUACCUAUGUCUGAAGAACGUCUUUUUAUAUGCUGUCCGUCGUCUUCGGAUGGUGUUUCACUAAGUAGAGGCCUGGAAUACCUCUUAGAACUAUUUUUGUUUUUUAUACAAGCAUGAUUGAAUGAAUUUCCAAAUUCCGAAUUUCCAAAAAGUGAUCGUGGCGCUUACAACAGUGCCAAAAUAUCGGAGAAUCGCUAAAAACAAAAAAAACAUGCUAGCAAUCCCAUAAAUAACAUAAAUUACUACAAUUGCCUGGUUCGUUUCUCAGUCCCCGUUGCGUGUCUCAUACGCUCACCAGCUACUGGUACAGCAUAUCUGAAGAAUAGGCCAGAGGCUAUAGCUUUCCCUCAGGGAGCCGUGCGUUUUGGUAUUGCCGGGUUUCCAUCGCACCACUUUGAAAGGCUUAUGGCGCUCUGGCUCUCCGCGAACAACAAAGCUGACCUACUGGUUAAACUCUUCGCUUCCAACUUGACCUUGAACGAUGGGAGGCUACUCCUUAAAUAAUUCUCCAUUGUGGAAGUUGUAUGCCUGAAAUGUGCAUAAUUCAGCGAACUAUUUGGCGUGAAUUAGUGGGCCCGACGGCAUUCCUGCAGUGGUGCUGAAGAUAUUCGCACCUGAACUUAUCCCCAUCCUUUCGCGCUUGUAUUGCUUUUUAAACAAAAAUAUCUUCGUUCCAGCUACCUACGUGAAAGGUUGCUCACGUCCACUCUAUUCCUAAAAAGGUAAAUCAGCCUGACCCUGCAAAUAAUAGGCCUUUAACGAUCACAUCUCUGCUUUCUCGAUGGAGCGGGUGAUCAACAUGCGCCUUUUGAGGUACCUUCAGGAGUAUCAGAUAAUGAGCGACCGUCAAUACUGUUUCAGUCACGGUCGUUUGGCUGGUGAUGUUCUUGGUUACCUCAUUCGCUGUUGGGCUGAAGCCGUCGAGAGCAAGAGUACAUGCAGCAUGCAAAGUGCCCUUGCAUUCUGAGCCUUGGUAUCGCUAAGGCAUUUGACAGGGUCUGGCAUAGAGUGCUUUCAUGAAAGUCACCAUUUUAUGGGCAACCUACGCAACCCACCUUCUUGGACAGCAGGUGCAUUAAAGUCGUUAUCGAUGGCUGCUGCUCCGAAUCCAUGACUGUAAACGCUGGAGUUCCAUAAGGUUCGGUGCUCUCCCCGACACUGUUCAUCCUGCACAUCAAUUACAUGCUGUUAGUUUCGGUUAUGCAUAGCUAUAAUCGAGGAGCUUGAUGGCGCAGGUGGCUAGCGCGUUCGGCUGCGAUCGUUGAAGUUCAGCAACUUUCGCAGUGGUCGGUCAUUGGAUGGGUGACCAAAAAUUUACUAUCUCGAGCUCCUCCGUGCUUCGGAAGGCACGUUAAGCCGUUGGUCCCGGCUGCAUUUGCAGUCGUGAGCACCCACCAAUCCGCACUGGGCCCGCGUUGUGGGUCAUGGCCCAAUCUCCCUAUUCAGUUAGGUCCUCUUGACUAUAUACAAAGACAGGCGUUUGGAUGUCGAUGAUCCCAAGCUGGCAGAAAAGUUGGAGCCCUCAGAGAUGCACAGAGAUUUUGGUCACCUGUGCGUAUUCUACAGGACCUUUAUGGUGAGUGCUCUGAGGAGUUGUUUCAGUUGAUACCCAGGUCACCAUUAUACCUCCGCACCACCCGUCAUCGGAGUCUAGUGCACCCAAAUUACCUGAAACAUAUAAAUCCACAAUUGCUAUUUUUCAGAGAUCUUUUCUUUCACGCAUAAUAAUAUUAUGGUAUGAGCUCCCUUCCACGGUGUUUCCUCAGUGUUUAGCACAAGCAUGGUCCUUUUCAAACGAGGCCUAAAAAGAGUGUUCAACGAAAGGCAGUAUCAUCGCUGAUGUCUAUGGGUGGCGGUGACCACUUAGCAUCAGGAGGCCCGUCAGCUUGUCUGACUUCGAAGACAAUAAAAUAAAACAGAGUGUCAGAAGAAAAGGUCUUGGCGAAGCAAGAGGGAAAUAAUAAGGAAAAACAACAUCUCUUUCCUUAAUUACUUUCGUUUUUGAGCAGAGCGUUUUCUGGUCCCCUGGCUAGAGUCUACGUGUGCCUGUACAGAUCACAUUCUGGCGAUGUUGAGACAACUCGACUUUUUGAACACCUUAGUCGGGCAGCAGAUGACGCGCAGGAACAAUUUCCUAAUGCAGAAUUGGUGUUUUGGGGGACUUUAAUGCUCACCACAAUUGGUGGUUAAGUUCCUCGAAAACUAACCAUGCAGGGAUCGCUGCUCACGCAUUCGCUAUCACGCAUGACUUGAAGCAACUGGUCGAUCAGCUCACCAGGAUUCCAGAUAUUCCAAGUCAAGCGCCUUAAUUACUGGACCUUCUGCUCACGACCCAUCCACAGGGCUAUCAGGUUGUGGUAAGAGCCCCCCUGGGCUCGUCGGAUCACUGCCUGUUAUCUGCCGAAGCGCCACAGGCCAAGCCUCCGCGUCCAACGGUGGUCAAACGCCGGAUCACUAUGGAUCGGUAUGCGUGACUACUUUUUGUCCGUCCCUUAGAAGCAGCGCUGCUUCAGUGACAGGAACCUAUUUGUCAGCGCCGUUGCUAUGACUGAGGAGAUUGUUACAGGUAUCGAAUGCUGUAUAUAUAUAAGGGCACACGUAACCUCUGGCUCAAUCAUUGUGGCACAGCGAUGCUUGAUAUUAAAAUCAGGCAGCCUGAGGUUCGCGCCGAAUUGCAAUCACUCGACGUCUGGAAAGCUAGUGGACCUGAUGGCACCCCAGCAGUUGUACUUAAAAAAUGUGCAGCAGAGUUGUUUCCCGUGCUCACGCGCUUGUACCAACGCUCGUAUUUUUGGGGCGUGUGCCCGAGACUUGGAGAGAUGCUAACGUGCAACCAGUGCCCAAAAAAGGGGAUCGCUCAGAUAGCCAAUAGCAGUCACCUCAGUAUUAUAUAGAGGCCUAGAAAAGGUCCUCAACAAUAAUAUAAUCAGAUCCUACCCAAAGGCUCAAUCCCUGAUUAAUAUGGUUUUAGACCGAAACGAUCGACGGGUGAUCUUCUAGCGUACUUGACUCGUGUCUGUGGUGAGGCUAUCGACAAGCGGGGCGAGUCGUUGGCUAUCAGCCUUGACAUUUCCAAGGCAUUCGACAGGGUUGGGCACAAAAGCCUUCUCUCCAAGCAUCCGGCAUACGGUCUGCCGGCCCAGUUCUGUUCCUGGUUAGCUGACAUCCUGCAUGAGCGUAGAAUUCGUGUUCUUACGGAUGGUAGUAGUUCACGGUACAUGUUAGUGAAUGCUGGCGUUCCUCAAGGCUCCCUCCUAUCCCCCACUCUCUAUCUGCUGCAUGUCAAUGACUUAAUCCUCUUGGGAAUAUUCAUUGCGAUCCGCAUCAUAGGCGAUGAGGAGUUGACUAAACACCUCAAGCCUCUUCAAUUAUGUUGUGUCGUGGCGUCAUUAAGCGCGUCCUAUCGUCUGUACCACAACGAGUGUUCUAAGGAGUUAUUCCCUCUUAUUCCACCUUCCCCUUUCCUUCAGAGGACCACGCCCGCUGGCCUACGUUUUCACCGACUAAUUGUGGCUACUAUUUCAACGCGUACGAAGAAAUUUGGUGACUCAUUUCUUCGUCGCACUAUCCGUAAAUGGAAUGCUCUGCCCGCUCACGUGUUCCCUCCCUCUUACAACCUGGGAUCCUUUAAAAGAGGCGAGAAGAAGCAACAUGCAUGCCGGAAAGGUAAGGAUGGUUGGUGUGGCAGGUAGAACUGUUGUACCAACUAUCUUCGCGUCUGGACUUCACCGUCACUUAACAUCAGGUGGGGAGUCAUCAAUAUGAGAGUGGCAUAGCAUCAAUCAGUGUGGAGAUCUUUGGGGAAGGCCUAUGCUUAGCAGUGGGCGUCAUAUAGUUGAGAUCAUGAUGAUGAUGUGUAAGUGCUCUGCCAGUUUAUGGUUAGCUAGCUUCUCGCGCCUUCUGUGAACCACAGUUGAAAAUCGACUUUGUGAGAAGAGAUGACGGAACAUGUAGCUGUAUAUAUAGAUGUACCUACAUGCUCCACAGAAAUUACUUGUUCAACAUUCAAUUUUGAUAAUCUAUAACUAGAUCUCAAAAUGUCUCAUUAAUAUGUAUUAUUAUUAAAAUUAAAAGAAAUGUCAUUAAUUCAUAGUUUUCAUGUACGCCUUUAUUCCUGAUGCGACAAUCUUAGUCUUGAUACUAGCAAAUUUAUAUUUCGGGUAGUUUAUUCUUUUACCCAGCACUAGAUGGCACUAGUUAUAUUACUUUUCUUGCAAUGUGAUGUCGCUAUUCAACAACAGAUGGCAAAAUAAUGUACGUAAAUUAAUUUUUUGACAGCAUUGUAAUGGAAGGAAGAAACAGCCCAGUUGAAGACCAUUACGACUUAUUUUAUCAUUUGGAAGUUGAUAUGAUUAUUUUAGAAUAUUCAGUUCAGUUAGAAAAUUAAGUUUUAAGCGUUAAGUUAUCCCUCAGUUUCAGUAGUUAGGCAUUUCACAUAAUUUGCAUUUAUACAAUUCUAGUGUAUCAUGACAGGUAACUCAGGAAUGAUUGAAGUAGACCCGAAACUAUUUAUUACUUGUCGUUUAUGUUUGGAAGAAAUGGGUGUUUAUCAAAUUGUACCAACUGUACAGCAGCAGAUAAAAUACUGUUUUGAAAUAACUGUGGAGCCGUUUGACGGUCUACCACAACUUCUAUGCAAGAAAUGCAAAACACUUUUAGAUGAUUAUUCGUCCAAUAAGAAAAAGUUUAUUGAGAGACAGGAGAAUUUAAUCACAAAAUUAAAAAUUAAUCAGGUAGAGGUGACAGAUGCAGAAAUUGCAGAUACUGUGCAUUCCAAUAAAAGUAGAUCGAGGUCGAGAUCUAGCUCCGUCAAUAAAAUUUCGGAAGAUAUACGCCCCCGUUCGCCAUCGAUACAAUCUGCAAAUGAAAAAGUAUUUGAUUCUGAUGAUAACAUAAAACUAUCAGUAAGCAGUUGUAAUAAAAGAAGAACACGUUUGUUAUCUAAUAGUUCUGUGGACAGUGAAAGGUAUUUCGCUCCAAAGAAGAACACACACAAAAAUUUAAGUAAAUCUUCAAAAUGGAAAAAGAAAUACAACAAAAAGUUUAUUUGUAAUAUUUGCCCAAAAUCAUAUAAAAGCAAAACUAAAAUGGUGAGACAUUUGGAUGAUCAUUCUAAUAUUAAAUCUCAAUACCCAUUUAUAUUAAAUAAACCCUGUAAGGUGACAUUAUACAAGUUUGAUGAAAAACCAAAUAGUACGAAUCUAGAUAAUACAGUCGUUUAUGAUCAUGAAAAAAUUUUACAAGAUGCUGGAAAUCCACUAUAUCAUGUAUUGUAUACUGCUCGAAACAAUUGUUCAAAAAAAACAUCAAAGCGACAGUAUUUAGUAAGUUCAGAUGAUGACUUUUCAUAUAAUAAAAAAAACAGGAGAACAUCGAGAAGAAGUUCAAAUGAAACAGUUCUUCUUGGGGACAACUAUAAAAUAACAGAAAGCUCUGUUGGCGAAUCUCCAGGAUCCCAUAAGAAAACUCCAGAAAUUAAAAAUGCUGUAGAAACAGUGUGUAUUGAUGAUUCCGAUAGUAAUACAGAAUUAGAGAAAAACAAAAAUUUAAAAGAAAACACUGAUAUAAAAGUAGAGUUUAAAAGUAUCGAAAAUAUAAUAACAAACUGUCGAAUAAAAUAUAUGAAUAAGUUCCAAAAUGGAAGUAUUAACUCGUCCAAAAAAGUGUCUUCAGAAAACCACUUAAAACAUAAAAUUUUGAGUAUAGGCAGGAAAAUUAUACACAAAGACGGACAGUUUAAUUGUACUGGAUUGCUGAGAUACAUGGAACACAAAAAUCUUGAAGUAAUGUGGAUACCUAAAGUUCUGGAUAUUAACUCACGAGAAAAUUUAGUUCGAAUAAUGCCUAAGUUAAAAUCUGCUAGUAAUACUGAUAUCACGAGUGAUAAACAUAGAUGGAUAACUUUAACUCAAGUGGAAAGCAAUAAAACGACAAGCACAAUUAGUAUACCUACCGCUUCUAGUGUAAACGAGUCUUUUAAUAACUCAAGUAUUUGUGAGGUAGUACCAUCUGCAAUUUUAUCUAAAUCUCAAGCACCUGUUGCUACUACAGAAAUGUUAAAUUCAUCAAAAUCAUCACACCCGGAUAAAAGAAAUAUCAAGUCUGCAGUACUAUAUACAGAUUUUAAUACCACCGAGACAGAUAUUAAUUCUAAAAGAAUUUUGAAUCAGAGCCCAGUUGCUAACCCCAAACAAUUACCAAAAAAAAAUUCUAAUACCACCGAGUCAAAAUUAGUGGGCUUUAGCACCAAGAAUAUGACUGAGAUGGUUACUAAUCAGUCUAGUAACAUAGACUUUAGGGAAGAGAUCAGCGAAUCUAGUUUAAGUAUGCCAAUAAUAACAUCCACGACGUCAUUAGCACCACUAUCCGAAAAUAGAAAAAUGGCGGAAAAAGAACCAAAAGUUGCAUUAGUUUCAGAUAAAAGUGUUCCCAGAAUUAAGGUAAAACCAGUGUCAGAGUUGAUGAAUCCAUCUACAUCAAAUGACAAUCAAAACGGAUUGUGGGCUAUGAACAGAUUUCAUAAUCAAGCAAUACCCGCUCCAAAUGUUACUAUGGGGAAUAUACUUGAAAACCGAGCAGUACCCGCUCCAAAUGUUACUAUAGGAAAUAUACUUGACAAUCGAACAAUACCUGCUCCAAAUGUUACUAUAGGAAAUAUACUUAACAACCGAGCAAUACCUACUCCAAAUGUUACUAUAGGGAAUAUACUGGAGAACCGACCAAUACCUACUUCUGUAGGGAAUGUUUAUUUGCAGAUAUUACCGCAAAUUCAAAGCGUGCAAUCAGUUCAACCACCGGCGGUUGACCAAAACGCUAUUAUGCCUCUUAGUGUGAACACAAAUGAGGUUGCCACUGCAUCACAUACAGACUUCAUCGUAUUGAAUAGCGUAGAAUUGCCCAAUACAAAAACUGACUCUCCAUUUAGAUAUUGUAAAGAUCUGUUAUUGUUACAUAAUAUAUAUUUAUUAGAACCCAAUAUUACUAUAACGCAAGACUACAGCAAUCUUUUAAAAAUGCGAGUUCAGUUUAAAGAAGAAAAUAAAGAUAAACCUAUUGCGUUAUGUAUCUCUUUAUAUUGUUUAGGAAAUUCUUAUUGUGUAUGUAUUAAAAACACCAGUAAUAUUGACAUUCCUUUGACAAAAAUUUCGGCGAGAUGGCAAUGGGAAAUUUUCAAAAUAUUUCAAGGUGAGCUGUCACAGAAAAUUUUAAGCAAUUCUUUAAAGUAUGGAAGUGAGGUUUAUACCAAUACACAAACUUUUUUAUAUCUUCUGAAAUCUAUAACUCACAUACAAUAAUAAAAUGUAUUGUAAGUAUGGACAUGUUGAAAACUUUUAUUAUUUGUCUUUUUUCAAGUAUUUGUUUAGAGCUUCCAAUUUUACUGUUUGUCUUAUCCGGCACUUCAGGUAGCCGUAUUUGCUAUUUGUGAACAUGACAACAGUCUUUACUUUUCAUUCUUCUACAGCAUGGUAAGGUCAUAUUGCCAACAAAAUGGCAAAAAAUACGAAUAGCCAGGUCAAAUUUAUCCAAAUGAUUUAGCUUGAGGCCAUCCAUAAAUUACCUCACACGUUAAGGGGGAGGGAGGGGAUCGACGAAGUGUGACAAGGGGGUGGGAGGGGUCCUAAAUGUCGUGACGUCACAUUUCAAAAUCUAUUAUAAUCUAAGUGUUGAAACUCAUGUUUCUUUAAUUAAACUAUAACUUUACGAAAACAUUAACAACCCAAACGCGAAAGAAGUGCUGCUAUGCCAGUUAUAAAUAAUUUAAAGAAGUGGGUUGAAUGUACAUGGACUCAGGAUUAUUAAGUUUAUAUCUUUAAUUUAAUUAAAAUGCUAUUAAUAUUUUUUGUUUUGUUAAUUUCUAUAAUUAAUAAAGUUAAUCAUUUUUUGUUUGGUAAUUACUUUAAUUAUUAUAAUUAAUCGUUUUUUGUUUUGUUAAUUGUUUGAUUUGAUUUUAAUAUUAUUAAAAAACAAUUUAAAUGGAAAUAAAACUGAUUUCAGAACCAGUUUUCAUUCAAUAAUUUCUAAAUGUAAAUUAAAAAAUAUGUGACGUCACACUAGGGAGGGGGGGAGUCUCACAAGUGUGACCAGCUGUGACAAGGAGGGGCAUAAAAUCAUGAAAUUCUUGUGACGUAAUUUAUGGAUGGCCCCUUUAUGUAGCUUGUCACAAUCAUGGCACAGCGUAAACAGCUCCACAAAAUAUUCUUUAUGUGAGCAAGUAGCCUGGUACUUUUUUUUAAACUUAUCGAAAUGUUUCUUCGCCCUUAGCACGAAACAUUAUCGAAUAGUAGAAUUCGAUCUAUUUCAUACAUCAAAUGUGUUACUGAUUUUUAGUUAUUGAUAAAUUCGUUGUGGUGCUAUACGCAAACUAUUCGAAUUCGAUAUUGGUUCGAGCUAAGGUUAGUGCGUAUCAUUGUCGCUGUUAUUUUUUGUUUUCGCUUAAUGGAGCUUGAUUUUGUAUUUAUUACGGUGCCUACACAAGCUUGGCAAACAGUGGACACAAACCACAUACGUGUAAUUGGCUGUUCGGUAUCGGUUUCGUUAUCUUUUAUCGGUUUCGUUUAUGUGUGUCCGCUGUUCGCACGCGCAGACUGAGACUGAUAUUUUUGUUUGUUAAUCUAUAUACAUUUUUGAAUUGUUAGUGGAGACAAUUUUUUUUUUAAUUUUGUUUUUGUAUUUUCUCCUUCAGUGGAUUUUUUGUAAUUUCUUUUGAGAAAAUAAAUGUCAUUUAUUUUCUCAAACUGUAAUAUUAUACUAGCAUGCUCGCCAAACCUGGCAAUGCGCGUUUAUGUUGGACAUUGUGGUCGGUGUUUGUUGUUUGCAGCAGACAACAAGUACACUUGCAAUGUACUUAUUUUAAAUACAUAUAAUGCUAUUCAACUAAGAAUAGGAUCGACUGGGCGCCAUAUUGUGACAUCAUAGCUGUCAAUUCAAACCAAAUAGGUAGAGUGAGCAAAAAAAGUUUUUAAUUAAUAAAACUUAUUUAUUAAGAUUAAGUGAGAAACUAAGAUUGAGAAAAAGACAAUUGUCAAUAAUAUUUAUUUAUUCAGACUGAAAAAAAACCUUAAAUCAGAAUCUAGCUCAUCUCUGUAUUACUGCUGAAGUAGUUAUGAAUAAUCAUGCACCAUUAUUAGGUCACAUACGAACAUGAAUCGUUUAUGUAAAAGAAAGUUUUUAGUCGAGUUUCUGAUGCUACUUAAAGUGACAUUUGGUUGACGAUUUAGGUUUAUCAACCUUUCAUAGCCAAAGCUCAAUGAAUUAAAGAAAAAUAUCAACCAAUAUUAAUUAUCAAUGUUUGUUUACAAACGUUAUUAUUAUAUAUGUUAUUGGCUUUCCUAUUCUUAUUUGAAUCGCACUAUACAUAUAUGUAUAAUAUUUCAGUAACUAUCAUUUGCAUGGAAAUAAAAUGAUAUCAUCCGAUUGUAUAAAGUUGUUAUAUAUAUAUAAACGGGAAAACGGGGCCGAAUUAUGUAACUUAUUUUUUUUAUUUCAUAGUUGGGAAAAACAUUUAUGUUUCUGUCACUGAUACUAAUUUUGAAGAGGAAAGUUAUAUAUGUAUGUGUAAUUGUGUACAGGUAAUUAUUAUAUACGUUUUCAGUUACAAUUGAUUCUUAGUACUGUGAAGAAUAUAUUGUAAGUCAAUAAAAAACAGUUCUCCAAUGAAAUAAUGAAAUUAAAACAUUAUCUAUGGAGAAAAUUGUAAUAGUCAAAAUACUGCGUAAAAAGAGGCCUGAAUGGCGAAGAUAUAAGUUGUAAUGUAAAUAUUGAAUGAUAGAGUAUUAUAAUACUUACUUAUAUAAGUUUGAAGCAGUGUUGGGCACUCUUGUCUAACUAAUUUUACUAAUCAUUUAUGUAUACAGUAAAACCCGUUUAAGACGAUUUCACAGGCACUCAAGCAAAUACGCGUCUUAAGGGAGAUUGCGGGAUAGGGUAAUUUCGAAUGUAGGUGUUGAGGUAUUAAAUAUACAAUAUUUAAGAAUUAUGUAUAUUAUAAAAAAAGUAGUGUAUUAUUAUUUAUUAUUACGUUAUUUAAAUUGAUCACUUAUUUUAGUUUGUCAAAAAGAUUUUGAGGCAUUAGCAAUUAGAAGAUUUUCAAAAUAUUUUAACUUUUGCAGUGCGUCUUCGCUUUGAUUCAAAGAAAUUAUAUAGCGUCUUUCACGCCUGGGCAUGUGAAAAAAUCGGAGUUGACUAAUCUUUUUAUUGAUAAUUAUUACUUAGAGAGGUAAUAUGUGUGUGGUACUUUGGCGAUUUAAGCGUAUUAAACGGGAUGACGAAUCGUAUUUAGCGUUAAGAAAUGUAUGAAAACAUGUCUGAAGUCGCAGGGACUGACGCAAAAUGGCGUCUUAUGCGAGAAAUCGUAUUAAGCGUGAUCGUAUUAAAAGGGUUCUAUUUAUAUAUCAUGUGUGAUGUGACUUAUUUAGCCAUCAUGAAUUUAUGGGUAGUUACAUGUUUGUUUAGUUUCAAUGAAAAUAUUUUGAUGGAAAUUCGUAUACAAAUGUCAUGACGAUAAAAUAUUCAGUAGAUAACAGCUGUAGCUCAACCAAUCGUAGACGUUUUCGGUCACGUGACAAUAGAUCAAAAAAUACUUUUCCUUUUUAAGGUUUUGAGUAUAGGUUAUUAUGAAUUAUUUUAUUGUCAGAAUAGUGUUGUCGCUCCUAAUAUUCAUAUUAAAUACACAUUUUUUCUAGUAAUAUUUUCUUUAGAUUUAAACAUCGAGCAGUUACAACCUUAAAAAAAAUUACAACUAUAACUGCUGUUUCUUCUUUCGAAAGUUUAAUACUUGUAAAGGUAUUCAUUUGACAUUGUGGGUUACCUACAAUGCGAAGAGAUGGCACUGCCUAUAUAAUAUCUUCUUCAAUACACAUGCCAAUAAUUGGUACUUUAUUUAUCAUAGUGUCAAAGAGCCUUUUGGUUACCCCUUGGUAGGUGAGGGUUCGAAUCCCGUCUGAUGCCUGGAGGACCGUGUGUAUUAUUUCUAGUUAACCUGUCUUUAGAUUGAUGAAUACAUCAUCAAUCAAACUAUUAUUUAGCUUUCUGUAUUACAUGAGUAAUGAGACAUUUCGAUCAAUUCAUUGAAAUUAUUAGUUAAUUUACCCAACAUCUAGGUUUCUCAUUCGCAUCUCAUUUUGUUAUUCUUUUAUUAUAUCUACUAAAGGUAGAAUUUUCAUUUUUUUUGUUACGAUCACAAUUCUGUUAUAAACUUAAUGCAGGGAAACUGCACGUGCGGAUUCUACAUAUUUGAAAAUAACACACUGUAAACUAUUUGUUAAAGUACUAAAUUGUUAGAAUAUGACUGUUUAUCUAAUUAGGUUUUGUUAAUUUUUAUAAUAGCGAUAUUAUAAGUUAAGUGUAAGUGCGCAUGUAGGUAGGUAUGUAAACUGUAAAAAUAAGAAGUUGGUUAAGCUGUAGCUAUAAAAAUAAAGUCGUUAUUUUUCAACGUUUUUAUUUUCCUAUAAACUAUUAGUUUUAUCACAGCCGUUGUUAUCCGAGUGUCCAUAUAGUUUCUACAUCUGUCGCCACAUCCUCUGGCGGUGAAUGUUUGUGGAACAUGAAGUAACCCUGUAUCUGCGCUGGGCUUACUGUCCUCUUCUUUUCUAUUACUUUUGUGCAAAAAUACGCGCAUGUUCCGCUGCUCGUUCGCCUUUAUAGAAUCUUAAGAACAUUAGCUCCACUUGCUCCUGGUCGCAGUAACCAACGUACUCUUUCAUAUCAACUCGUCCCGGUCUGAUCAGAGCUGGAUCUAAUCUGAAAUAAAGUAAAUAAAUUAUGCGAGUAAAGCCCGUCCAAAUUAACAGAGGCUUAAGCAUAAAUUUUGGCAGCUCCGUAAUAGUAUCGCGACGUCAAAUUUUCUAUUACCUACUAUUAGAUUAGUUUCCAGAAGUUAAACCACAAUGUUAAUUUUCCACUUGCUUUAUUCAACUUGUACUUCACUGUAAUAUAAACUAAAAUUAUUAUAACAAGAAUAUUUAGCAGCAACACCACGUUAAAUUUUGGACCACUAUUCACGACGAAGGCUCUCGACUGAAUACCGUAUUUAUGACCGCUCCACUCGCUAGUCCGUCCCCAUUCACGUCACGUGAUAAGAUGGUAGGGAGGUAAGGUGAUGUGGCGUGAUUUAGCAUAGACAAAUUAAGAUAAAAACAAUAACUGUACUAUUGACCGAUCUGUAAAAAUGCUAACACUACAGCUCAGCAGCGUUCCUACUGGAUGUACUUAAGAAUAAACUGGCUUCUUCCUUACCAAAUUUGACAAUGAUGAUACAGUGCUGUCAAAAUUCGUGCUUGAACACACUUUUAGGUACCUGAUCUGCAAUAUGAUCUUUAUGACUUAGAAGAUAAAUUUGAACUCGUGUGCUUAACUAAGCACUACUUAGAGCGCACUUAAUGUGUCUUGAACUCCCCUGUGAGUUACUUGUACACAUUUUAGCUAUGUAAACAUGAAUUAUUAACUUAAUAAUAACUUGUGACAGUUGUCGCAAGUAAUAUGAUUUCCUACAUCUAUUAAGUGUAAUUUGCCGCCUCAGCUGAAUGUUAGUAACAUUCAAACUGCUUAUGGCGCUGAAAAACGCAGCCGCACAUAAAGGAAUCGAAACAGUCUAAUUCUUUAACUAACUUUGAACUAUAUCGGUUGAUAUAAGCUUCAUAAUCGAUUAAGAUUAUUUCAAAGAUUGCGACAACUUGAUGUAUGGCUGUCUGUACCAUGCAAGUCGAAUGUUUAUAACUGCUUUGAAUAAUACAAACGCGAUGGUGUUAAGCUCAGCAUGAAACUUCGUUAUAAGCUGCAAGGGGCGGCAGAAGCCAUAUAUAGGCUUUCGUUUCUGACCUAUAUUUUAAGGAGGGAGGGAGGGGAACUAAGUCAAAUCCAUGUCAAAGAGAGAAUUUCCAAGAUAUUAUUAAAUUCCACAGUGAGACGCAUGAAAAGCGAUUAACCUAAAGUACAACUUUUUAUUAGCUGCAGUAAAAUGACGUUUUGUGGGUUACCGCUUUUUGAAGAAAAUAAAUAGGGAUGUAGCUAUGUGAGUAAUUGAAUCAUUCAAUAAAUAAGUGAUCAGUUUGGUUUUAUUUUAGAGAUUUAAUAUUAAGUUAAUGAUUUUUUAUUCUAUUAUCAUUACUUUAGUAUAGGAUUGAUCUUUUUCAGUGGAAGUAUAAGGACGUACAUCCAAAAUUAAACAAAAUUGUCAUAACAAUGUUAUUUAUUAAUCAAUCAUUUUCGGAAUCACUAUCGCUUCCGGUCACACUAAUGACAAAUCUGUCUGUCACUUCAUCUAUAAUAUGAUCGAGGUGGCACAUUUUGUCUUUCUCUUUUAUAGUGUGAGACACACAGUUCCUCCACUUAGUUGGUGUCACUUUGUUGAUUCCAUCUUGGAAUAAAGGAGAUUGCUCAAAUAGGCUAGUUUACUCAUGUCGAAUUGUAUUAAAUAAAUGUUUAUUUCUUAAAGUAUUUAGUCUAAGGAACCUGAAUAUAUCGAUUUCACUUCAUAAAAGCAGAAGAUUGCUGUAGAAAUUUAAUUUUAAAAAAUAUUUUUUAAGUCUAUAUUUUUUAAACACUAAAAACGCUGUUCGCCACAUCCGCCAUGAUUUUGACGUCUCUUGUGGUAAACUAACUACUACUAAACGUCAUUCGCGUGUUACUGUAGGUGGAUUCUUUUGUCUGACUAAAUUUAUCUUAAAACACUUUUAACUUUAGGAAAGAAAAAAACAGUAAACUUAGUUUUUUUUGACAAAACUAAUUAUGGAUGCCGGCUUUGUGAAAGCAGAAAGCACAAAUCUGCCAAGAAUUGACGCAUUGAUGGUUGGUGAAUUUGUUGCACUAAACCCCGAUUUCUGCUCUGCGGAGCAGAGAAACGACAAGGCAUCUAUGUAAGUACAGUGCAUUUAGUAUUACAAUGAUGUCGAUUCUGGCAUGAUUCUCUAAAGCUAAACUUAAAUUUGACAACAGUGCAUCCUUUUCGCUCUCUUUACAGAAUAAAAAGGAGAGACUGAUGUCAAAUUUAGUUUUAAGUUUAGAGAAUCACGCCAGAAUCGACACCAAUGUAGUAAUAAACAUAAAACAGAUACAACAUAUGAAUAUAAAGUUGCGUAGGUUAAUUUCUUUCGGCACUUUAAUCCACAACUUUCCUGGAGUCUUCAAGGAUGUGUUUUUAUAUUCUCGUACAAUACAGUAAUGAUAAUUACUUUAUUUUUCGUGGUAUUUAUUAGAAAUCAUGUUUUUUUUAUCAUAAACUCAGUUAAAAGUAAUUUUCUACGUGUUUACGAGUUUUUGUUUACCACAGUUCACGUCAUAGCAUAGAUAAUCUAUAGACUAAAAUGGCCGACAGCGUUUUUGUAUGUCCAUGAAAAGUAUAUUUUAUAAUUAAAGAUCUGUAGCUUUCUAGGUUUAAAAAAGAUACAAUACAUUUUUUUUCGGUCUAAUAGAACAUUUAUUAACCAUUUAAAACCUUUUUCCAAAAAGGGUCAACUAGCCUAUUGGCCCAAAUGCACAAAAAAUAUUGACAAACACGGUAAUUCUUGGCGUAAUUUAUAAUAGGCUAGUUGACCCUUUUGGAAAAAGGUUUUAAAUGGUUAAUAAAUGUCCUAUUAGACCGAAAAAAAGUAUUGUAUUUUUUUGAGACCUAAAAAGCUACAAAUCUUUAAUUUUAAAAUAGUUUUUUCGGGACAUACAAAAACGCUAUCGGCCAUUUUAGUCUAUAGAUUAUCUAUGCUAUGACGUUAACUGCAGUAAACACAUAACAUAAAGGUAAAUAAACAAAAACUCGUAAGCACGUAGAAAAUAACUUAACUGACUUUAUAAUAAUCAAAAGAUGAUUUCUAAUAAAUACCCCGAAAAAUAAAAUAAUUAUCAUCAUUGUAUUGUACGAGAAUAUAAAAACACAUCCUUGAAGACUCCAGGAAAGUUGUGGAUUAAAAGUGCCGAAAGAAAUUAACCUACGCAACUUUAUUACACUUAUUCAUAUGUUGUAUCAGUUUUAUGUUUAUUACUACAUUGUAAUACUAAAUACACUGUACUUACAUAGAUGCCUUGUCGUUUCUCUGCUCCGCAGAGCAGAAAUCGGGGUUUAGUGCAAUAAAUUCACCAACUAUGAAUGCGUCAAUUCUUGGCAGAAUUGUGCUUUCUGUUUUCACAAAGCCGGCAUCCAUAAUUAGUUUUUUCAAAAAAAAACAGUAAACGGAAACUUUUCUAAAGUUAAAAGUGUUUUCAGAUAAAUUUAGUCAGACGAAAGAAUCCACCCACAAUAACACGCGAAUGACAUUUAGUUGUUUACCAUAAGAGACGUCACAAUCAUGGCGGAUGUGGCGAAUAGCGUUUUUAGUGUUUAGAAAAUAUAGACUAAAAAAUAUUUAUUUAAAUUAAAUUUCUACAGCAAUCUUCUGGUUUUAUGAAGUGAAAUCGAUAUAUUUAGGUUCCUUAGAUCAAAUACUUUAAGAAAUAAACAUUUAUUUAAUACAAUUCGACAUGAGUCAACUAGCCUAUUUAAUUUACAGGAUUUUUUAAUCCCGUAGUUAGACCGUCUAAAAAUGCCUGCCGAGAAGAUUUUAUACUUCCACCACUCCAGGUUUUUUGUCGUAGUAUGACCUGAAAGAACAAAACAUAAUCAUAUGUUUCGACAGCUAAAUAAAAGGGGAUCAAACAUAGAAAACUAAGAGUUGCCACUUACCAACGUUGAUCCAGGUCUCGUCUUGAUUGGAGGUGGAUGGGCGGCUCCUUGAAGGCCGCAGUCAUAGGCCGCCGCUGGCCUCCUCCUCCAAAGGGUCAAGCCAGCCUAAAAUGCCUCAGACGAAGCCUGAGCAGCGGGCACCCACCACCCUUGCCCCGCCGGCUAACCUGCCCAAAAAGGCGCAGGAAAUAAAAAAAAAAAGCCGGCGCCGCCCAAAACACCAGCUUCAGCCCCUCCUGCAAGAGAUGGGCCAGGCGAACCCACCCAGGGCGAGUGGGUGGUAGUAGGGAAAAAGGGCCGGAAGAGGAAAAAGAAGGCGGCCAAGUCGGCUCAAGCCAAGGGCCCUAAGGCCAAAAAACUUCCAAGGGCACCAAAAACCCUGGCGGUGGUUUUGGCCCUCCAGCCGGAGGCAGUGGAAAAGGGCCUAACUUACGGGCAGGCACUCGCCAAGGCCCAAGAGGCCGUUAGCCUAACCGAGCUGGGCAUUGGCCCAGCAAAGUUCAGGACCGCCAUAACGGGAGCUCGAAUAAUAGAGCUCCCGAAAGAGACCACCCCAAAGCAAGCAGAUACGCUUGCCGAAAGGAUGGGGGCGGCUCUGGGGGACGCGGCGAAAGUGACGCGUCCCAUCAAAACAGCCGACCUCCGGGUCAUCGGCAUUGAUGAUGCGGUGACGACGGAGGUGCUGGUGGAGGCCCUCGCCAAGGCAGGGGACUGCCCUGCCCAUCAAAUUAAGGUGGGCAAAAUCCACACGGGGGCCCGCGGGACUGGGGCUGCUUUUGCCUCGGUCCCCGUAGAGGCGGCGAGGCGCCUUGAAAAGGCCUAAAACAUAAUACUGGGCUGGAGCUCCGCCUCCAUACGGCUGUUGGAGCAACAGCCGAUGCGUUGCUACCGCUGCAUGGGGAUUGGACACCCUGUGCAGUGCUGCUCCUCAGUCUGCGACCGCAGCGCGCUGUGUUACCGCUGCGGUGCUGAGGGGCACAAAGCGGCGUCCUGCACAGCUGCGCUCAACUGCGCAGUCUGUGCAGCCGCAAAGCGGCCGGCUAAUCACCGCAUGGGGGGUCGUAGAUGCAAGCCCCCCGCGGUCAAAGCCCGCAUAGCGCGGGCAACGACGACAGCAGAGGUCCCACGACCUACGCCUCCGCCAACAACAUCAUCGGCGGUGGCGGCGGAGGAGCCGAUGGAAACCAAUGUCCAACACAUCCAUUGAGCUCCUCCAAAUAAAUAUUAACCACUGCGUCGCGGCGCAGGACCUAAUGCGCCAGUCAGCGUCGGAGUGGAAUGUGGGACUGGUGAUCGUAUCGGAGCCCUACUACAUUCCGCCACGAUCACCCGAAUGGCUAGCGGACACAAACGAGUCCGCUGCCAUUCUGCGGCCGCCGGUCAGCCCGGGCCCCUCCUUAGUACUCCUGGAGAGGGGCGCCGGAUACGUGGCUGCCAAAUGGGGGGGAGUAGUCGUUAUAUCGACCUACUUCUCCCCCAACCGGAGCCGGGCGGAGUUCGAAGUUUUUCUCUCCGCCCUGGAGGGAGUGGUGCUACGGGCCGCCCCUCUUCCGGUCCUUCUAGCGGGUGACCUCAACGCCAAGUCCACGGCGUGGGGUUCACCCGCCACCAGUGUGAGGGGUGGCGAUCUGGAGUCCUGGGUUCUGUACCUGGGGCUCCAGACCCUCAAUGUGGACAAUGCGCCCACCUGUGUCCGGUGGCAAGGCACGUCGAUAGUCGACGUGACCUUCGCCACCCCCUCCCUAGCCGGCCGCAUAUCGGGCUGGCAGGUGGAGGAGAAGGAGACCCUAUCUGACCAUCUAUACGUCAGAUACCGGGUCUCCUCAACAUCCCGCGGGGCCCGUACGACCGAGGGCCCCGCCGUGAGCGCGUUUACGAGAUACGCGCUCACGAAACUCCGCCCCGAACUGGUGGCGGAGGCGGCGAUGGUGCGGGCGUGGGCCGAUGCGCCCCCCCACCUCGCCGGGGAUGUUGAUGGCAUGGCGGAUCUAUUUGCAGACGACAUGAGGGUCGUCUGCGAAGCCGCCAUGCCUAGGGCACGGGUCUGCCCCAGGAGGGGGCAGACGUACUGGUGGACGCAGGAGAUCGCUGACCUGCGUACCACCAGUAUGAGGGCCAGGCGCGCCUACCUAAGGUGCCGUAGGCGCGCCUCAAGUACACCUGACGACGAGGCGGAGUGUCGUCGGGUGUACAAAGAGGCCAAGAAGGCGCUGAGGGUGGCCAUCAUCAUGGCCAAGAGGGCGUCCUGGGAGAGCUUUAUAGCUCUCCUAGACCAGGACCCCUGGGGGCGGCCCUACAAGGUGGUGCGGGGGAAAUUCGCCAACAACGCCCCCCCCCCCACCUCGGCCAUGGAGGAAGUGCUGCUGGACCGGGUACUGGGGACUCUGUUCCCCGACCCGGGUCCUUUCCAGCCCCCAAGAAUGCUCCCUCCUGGGGGCCCUCCCGAGGAGCCGAUCCCGCCCCCCCCUCCCGUGUCAGACGCGGAGUUCGAUGCGGUGAGGGACAGGCUCCGGGCAAAAAACACGGCGCCCGGGCCGGACGGUGUCCCACCUAAGGUGUUGGCCCUCGCCUUUGGGGCCCCUAAGGAGGCGGUUCCUAGCGGUGCUGAAUGUCAGCGUCGCCGCGGGCCGCUUCCCUAGGAGGUGGAAGCAGGGGCGGCUCGUCCUUUUCAGAAAGGACGGCCGCCCGGAAGACUCCCCUUCGGGAUACAGGCCGAUUGUGGUGCUCGACGAUGCCGGGAAAUUCUUAGAGAAGAUCCUGGCGGUGAGAAUCGUCGAGCACCUGGAGGGGCCGGGCCCGAACCUGGCCGAACGCCAGUUCGGGUUCAGGCGCAACCGGUCCACAAUGGAGGCGGUGGCCCUUUUAAAGGGGUGGACCGAGGCGGCCACUGCGCGGGGUGAGGCUGUUAUUGCGGUGUCGUUAGACAUCCGCAACGCAUUUAACAGCCUCCCCCACGAGUGCAUUAUGGAGGCACUAAGGUUUCACCGAGUGCCUCCAUACCUGUGUGCCAUUGUAGAGGACUACCUACAAGGUAGGGUGGUCCUCUACGAGGGGCCCGACGGGCGCAUCCGCUCGCGGGCCAUGGCCGCAGGUGUACCCCAGGGUUCAGUGCUGGGUCCACUGCUCUGGAACCUGGGGUACAACUGGGUGCUGCGAGGCAGCCUCCUCCCAGGAAUGGAGGUUGUCUGCUUCGCCGACGACACUCUUGUCGCGGCGAAGGCAAAGGAGGUGGAGGAUGCGGUGCGUCUAGCGUCGGUCGGCACCACAAUGGUCGUCCGACGCAUCCACCUCCUCCCUCGACAAAUCGAGGGCCAUGAUGUUCCAUGGCCCACGCCGCAGCACCCCUCCGGGGCUCCGUAUCCGGGUGGAAGGGGUCCGAAUACCGGUCGAGGGAAGCAUGAAGUACCUCGGCCUGGUAUUGGAUCCCCGAUGGAGUUUCGAGGAGCAUUUUAAGCUCCUCACUCCACGGCUGUGUGCCGCUGCAGCCGCACUCGGCAGGGUCCUCCCGAACGUGGGGGGACCAGGUGCUGCGUGAAAAUGCGAAAAACGAAUGCGAAAUUAGGCUGUCAACAUUAUUUUACGGAAUGACAUUUUGGAACUUCAUUUUACUGCAGCUAAUAAAAAGUCGAAGUUUAAGUGGUCUUCACAUAUCUAAUUUGUCUUACUAAAACAUAGUGGUACAUUUGGGGCAAACACUAAAAGAUCAUUUAUGAUAAAAUUAGGUUACCUUUCUAAAUAAUUUGUUGUCAUAAAUACUACUCUUGCUUCUGUCGAUGCCACACCAUCUAAGCAGUUGAGAAGACCACUAAAUGUAACCCGGUUAAGGCCAUCGUAAGCAGCCUUCUGCGUGGGCGUGUCUUCCCGAGACACAAAUGCAGCAUCGAUGUCUUCCAAUAGGAUUAUAGAUUGCUGCGGGGCAACACUGAAACAAAUUGUAUGGCAUAAUUCGUGUCAUUAAAGAAAGGAGUCGAGAAUGACGACGCAAGAUGUUCUCUAGUGUCGCUCUCGCAUAAAAAAAAAACAAAUUCAAUAUCGUAUAUUCAGUCUACGUUGUUCCAAGCACUUGUGAAUGUCGAAAAGCUACGCCAAAUCUACGGCGAGAGACCUUGUACUGAGAAGAAUCGACAAGAAACUUAGCAGGGGUUGUUUUUGCUCCCGAUAUUAUAUUCAGAGUCGUCAAAUUGAAAAAUGACUUUAAUAUGAUAUAGUUCAUAAAGUCACUUUCCAUUACAAAUAAUCAUAAUCCUAAGUAACGUGCGAGAGACAGAAUAUCUUGCGUCGGCAUUCUCGAUUCCUUAAAUUAAGAUUAAGAUUCCCUAAUGACACGAGUUAAUUUUAUAUUUUAUUAUAUAUAUCACUGAUUGGUUGAUUCGGCGCUUAAUUUGAUUGGAUUCGGCCUUAUAUAGAGCCACAAUCACAUGUCAAGUCAUG